AUGUCGCUCCUCCUGGUGCUGAUCAGUGUUGUGGUCGGCAUGGUCGGCCUGCUGCUUUGGUGGAACGAGGUAAGGUACGGCAGGAGAGGGAAUGUGUGCCUACCGCCGGGGACAAUGGGGUGGCCUCUGUUCGGCGAGACCACCGAGUUCCUCAAGCAUGGGCCGAGCUUCAUGAAGCGGAAGGGGCUCAGAUACGGGAGGCUUUUCCGGACGCACAUUCUGGGGUGCCCCACAGUGGCGUGCAUGGACCCCGAGCUCAACCGCCGGAUGCUGCUCCAGGGCGAGUCCAGCGGCCUGGUCCCUGGCUACCCGCAGUCCAUGCUCGAUAUCCUCGGCCGCAACAACAUCGCUGCCGUGCAUGGCCCGCUACACCGAGCCAUGUGGGGUGCCAUACUCGGUCUCCUACACCCCGCCGCGAUCCGCGCCAGCCUCCUUCCCAAGAUCGACGCCUUCGUGCGCUCCCACCUCGAUGGAUGGUCCGGCUGCAUCGUCGACGUCCAGAGUUUUAUAGAAGCAUCUCCUUGCAUGGGCAUGAUGACCUUGCUAUCCGCACUCAAUCAAAUCGCCGGCAUCACCCCUGGCCCACUCUCCGACACCCUCAAGACAGAGUUAUACACCCUUGUGCUCGGCACCAUCUCCUUGCCCAUCAACCUUCUAGGGACUAGGUAUUACCAGGGCUUGCAUGCGAGGAAGAAGCUCGUGUCCAUGCUAGAGCAGAUGAUCGCGGAGCGGAGGUCCUCUAUUCAAGCUCACGAUGACAUGCUGGACGCUCUAUUGAGAAGCGGCGAUGAUGGGGCCAGGGAAAAGCUCAGUGAUGAUCAGAUAAUUGACUUGAUCAUCACCCUUAUUUACUCCGGCUAUGAGACCAUGUCGACGACCUCGAUGAUGGUUGUCAAGUACCUGUCGGACCACCCACGGGCUCUUCAAGAUCUUAGGAGAGAGCAUCUUGAUAUCAGGAAGGGGAAAUCCUCGGAGGAGGCCAUCGACUACGAGGAUUUCAAGUCCAUGGCCUUCACUCGAGCUGUCAUCUUUGAGACGCUAAGAUUAGCCACAGUCGUGAAUGGGCUGAUGAGGAAAACUACUCAGGAUGUAGAAAUGAAUGGGUAUGUCAUUCCAAAAGCCUGGAGAAUCUAUGUUCACACAAGGGAGAUAAACUACGAUCCAUUCAUGUACCCUGACCCGACAACCUUUAACCCAUGGAGAUGGUUGGAGAAGAACAUGGAAUCGCACCCAUAUUUCAUGAUGUUCGGAGGAGGUGGCCGGAUGUGCCCCGGAAAGGAGGUGGGCACGGUAGAGAUCGCGACUUUCCUCCACUAUUUCGUGACUCGAUACAGAUGGGAGGAGGAAGGCAGGAACACCAUCUUGAGAUUCCCCCGGGUGGAAGCUCCCAACGGGCUAUAUAUCCGAGUUCAAGAUUACUGA